AUGGACAAUUUCACGACCAUCGCCGAAUGCGAGGGGUCUUUUGGCCCCGCUGCAACCGCAUGUAGCGAUCGAUUUGACUUCACCCUACUCUUCGAACAAUCUAUCAUGAACAUUGGUCCGUCUACAGUAUUGCUUCUGGCCCUCCCUUUCCGGCUACAGCAGCUUCUUCAUCAACGCCGCAAAGUCCUACGACAUCCCUUGAAUGUCGCAAAGAUCGCCAUCUGCAUCGUCUUUGGUGGACUUCAGAUCGCCUUGCUCGCGCUAUGGACGCAAACACCGCUCUCCAACCGCGUCUCUAUCGCUGCCGCAGUCCUCGGCGUUCUAGACGCCUUGGUCCUCACUCUCCUCAGCCAUGCAGAACAUCUCCGAUCCAUUCGACCGUCCACCACGAUCUGUGUCUACCUGGCGUUCUCGCUCAUCUUUGACGCCGUACAAUGCCGCACACUAUGGCUGCUUCCCGGAUUGCACAACUUGGCCAGCGUCUCCUGCGCAGCGCUGGCAAUGAAGUUGACGAUGUUUCUUCUCGAAGUGCAAGGCAAACGCACAUUCCUCCUCGCUGCUCUGCGCCACUUGAGCCCCGAGGCCACGAGCGGCAUCAUCGGCCGCGGUUUCUUUUGGUGGCUCAACAGCCUGCUAGGGAAAGGAUUCAAGGCCACCUUAUCUCCGUCGACACUCUACGACAUAGAUGAUGAUAUGCGGUCCGCGCCCCUGCUCCAGAACCUCAACACCGCGUGGAAUGAACGAAGAGGGCAUGGGAAGCGGGCCCUAUUACGCUCGAUCUUCAGCACGACGAAGAUGGCUUUUUUGGUAACAGCGGUACCCAGACUCUUCCUGAUUGGAUUUAAGUUCUCGCAACCGUUUCUCAUCAACCGAAUCAUCAAAUACGUCGAUGGGGACCGCGGAUCUGAUUCCAAAUCUGUUGGGUACGGUUUGAUAGCUGCAACGGGCCUAGUCUACCUGGGCAAUGCGUUGUCGACAGGCUUCUAUCAGCACAAGCUCUUCCGUUAUAUCACGAUAAUCCGUGGAUCUUUGGUUUCCCUCAUCAUGUCCAAUAACCUCGAGUUAGACACAGCGAAGGCCAGCGAUCCGUCUGCGCCAUUGACCUUGGUCAGCACCGACGUGAGAACCAUUUGCAGGUCGUUCGAAACGAUUCAUGAGGUGUGGGCAAAUCCCAUCGAGAUAGGCAUUGCCAUAUGGCUACUUCAAAGACAGCUUGGUCUUGGAAGCGUUGGACCGGCUGUAACCAUUAUCGCUUGCACAAUUGGUAUGGCGAGGUUGUCGAAACUUAUGCCUCGAGCCUCGAAGAUUUGGAACGAAGAAAUCCAAAAGCGCAUUACAGUCACUUCAGAAGUUCUUAGUGCAAUUAAGGAGUCGAAGAUGCUAGGAAUGGUAGACUUCCUUCAGCGUGCGAUUCAAGACCUGAGAGUGGCAGAGCUGCGCAGAGCGAAGCAGUAUCGCCGAUUCAUCACUUAUAUGAACAUGCUCGGCAACGCCCCAUCAAUGAUCGGUCCUGUUGUCACGUUUGGCCUUGCCAUCCUUGCGCAGAAGAUCAACGCCGGGUUGUCACUCUCUAUCGCCACUGUCUUCACUUCUCUGACCAUCAUUGACUUAAUUGCUGGGCCUCUUGCGCAGCUCAUCACCUCGGUACCGAGCUUAGUAGCAUCUUUGGGAAGUUUUGAGAGGAUUCAAGCCUUCCUUGAACAGGGUAGGCCAUCAACGGUCGCAGAUCCUGAUUCUCUUGAAGCUGCAAGCCACUCUGACGACCUUGGGCAUGCCGGAACUGAUCAUGGCAUAGAGAUGGGUACGAUACGGCCGAAAACGUCGUCCGAGCCAUCUUCCGAGCAGAGAGAUAUCGCGACAGUUCAAAACGGUUCGUUCAGGCUCAAGGCUGACGAGGAACCCAUUCUGCGCGAUAUCAACCUCCACAUUGCCCCUUCCACCAUGACUACCGUGAUUGGCAGAAUUGGCUCGGGGAAGACCACCCUUCUUCGGGGACUCCUCGGCGAACUUCCGACUAGCGGAUCGGUCAAGACUCUUGAAGGUCCUGUAGCGUAUUGUGCUCAGACAACCUGGCUGACGACAGCAACCGUCAAGGAAAAUAUUCUCGGUGAGACACCGACUGAUGAGGACUGGUACGAAAGGGUGGUACAUGCUUGCGCUCUCGUACCCGACUUCUCUCAGCUAGCAAACGGAGAUCACACAGUGGUUGGAAGCAAAGGCCAAUCCCUGAGCGGAGGUCAAAAGCAACGGGUUGCUCUGGCGCGAGCAGUAUUCUCUAGAAAGCCUGUUCUAGUUGUUGAUGAUGCGUUGAGUGGGCUGGACAACGCAACCCAGACUCAUAUCUGGGACUGUCUUUUCAGUCCACGAGGACUUGUCCGCCAAUAUGGGGCAACCGUGAUCCUAACAACACACUCACUGAGAUAUCUCAAAUUUACGGAUCAAAUCCUCAUCCUGGGCGAUGACGGACGUAUUGCCAGCCAAGGCAAUUUUGACACUAUUCGGGAGAGCGCCUAUCUUCAGAGCCUUUCUUUCGAGAAUGCGCAGCCCAGUGAUGCAAGGGACACUGAGACUAUUUCAGUCGCAGGAUUUCGACAGCAAAGUCAACCACAAACCAAAGGGGUAGAGGCUGAAUCAGAGCAGGACCUCUUGAGAAAGGCGGGCGACACUACCCUCUACUGGUACUACCUGAAGUCCAUCGGUUGGUGGUAUGGCUCUGCCGGUGCGAUAUCCUUGAUUCUUGACUGCUUCUUCCGAGUCUUCCCUCAAAUUUGGCUCAAGAUCUGGACGGAGGAGGACGCAAGGACCGGUUCAUCAGACACAGGCUUCUACUUCGGAGUCUACUCUGCGAUUUCUGUCGUGGGCUUGUUUGUUAUUGGCGUCAAUAUCUGGAUCAUGUUUGUUCUGAUCGUGCCUAAGUCUUCUCAAAGCUUGCACUGGACACUUCUCCAGGCCCCGCUGUCGUUCUUUGGAUCGACAGACACCGGCGACUUGAUCAACAGCUGCCAGCCUCACUAG